AUGCUGGAGCCCUGGCGGACCGAAGGCGACCGAAGGGAGGGGCCUGAACUGGGAGCAGCCGAUCGCCGACGAUGCCCCCGUCUCUGCCCCCCGCCCCCCCCGCUCCCGCCCCCUUCGCCGCCCCCCGCCCCGCCCUGCGCCCCCUGCCUGGCGGCCAUGCUGGCGCUGGCCGGGGUGGCCGGCCUCUUCGCGGUGCUCUCGGCCCUGCUGGGCGAGCGGCUCUUCCGGGCCGCCCGGGCCCGGGGGGUGCCCAGCGUGUGGCGCCGGGGCGGGGCGCUGUGGAUCGAGCCGGCGGCCCCGCCCCAGCCGGACGGAGCCCCCCCGGCGGAGGCGGGCGAGCUGUGGAUCCCGCGCCCCACGCCCGGCGCCGAGGACUGGUACCGGGGGCCGGCCGGCAGCACCGCGGCCUUGUGGGACGCCGAGGCGCCGGCCUGGGGGGCCCAGCCCCACGUCACCCUGCAGGACAUCUCCGACUUCUUCCGGCGAGGAGGGGGCGGCCUGGGGAGGGGGCUGUGAGCACCGGCACGGGGGGGGGGUUGCCUCCUCAUGCCCCCCCCCGUGGCCCCCAGAAGCAGCAUUCGCCCCAUGGAUGGUGGGGCUGAGCUGAGAUUUUGGGGGGACACCUUGAAAACUCUGGGGCGCCCCAAAAGCCCGCUGAGGACCCCCCCCCCCAUUGUCCCCUGGCACGGGGCUCUGUUUGCCCCAUCCACUGUUACUUCUCUCCUGCCAGGGGGCUCAGCCGGGCCUGCACCCCCCUGACCUCCCCCACCCGCCAUGGGGCACAGAGGAGCCGCUCUGUGAGACACUGGGAAUUUCGGCCAGCGGCCGGUUCACGGGGCUACGGACAAGUGCAGAAGUGGCCGAAGCUCCUGGCUCCGUUAACAACCCCUGGGGGGGGCGGGGGGCUCUGUGUGUCCCCCAUUCACCCCCCGCCUGGUUUGCAGCGGCUGCCCAGAGCACGGCCUGGGGGCUUGGCCGGGCCCGAUGUUCGGUGGCCGGCGUGUGGCACAAACGGGCCGGCACCGACUCGCGCAAUAAAGAGUCUCAAUGUUGA